AAGAGUGCUACGUUUGGCAAAAGAAGACGGUCCGCGACGUGAAAGAGAAGCAGCAGAGCGAAGAAACGCCGUUCGUUUUAAUGGCUGCCUGCAAAGUCUUGAUUGAAUCGGUGUGAAAAAUUGGUUUAUUUGGUGAAGAAUCAAGAACUGAACAGCAGAAAACAAGCGAAAAGGCUUACCAGUGAAGUGUGUUGUAGUUUGCAAGUGUUCUUUGACUUGAAAACGGAUAUUUUGGAGUGAAUGAUAGGUUGUGAAAAAUUAUCCGUGUGCAGAAAAGUAAAAUAUGGUUAAAAAGGAUGUCACGGUUCGUGGACAGUGAUUUUUUCAAGAAGCUCCAUUGUUAGUAUUGGCUCUUCCACGGAUACAUAUUAAAAUGGUGCCCGGAAUGUUGAUGAGUCUGCUGUGCGGCUGCCACUGCUGAUGGGGAGUUGGCUCGAGCUUUGUGGGUCCACUAGUAGAGUGUAUAACGCUAGUGCAACGAGUUCCCCGGGACACACACAAUGAGCCAAGCUCAGGCAGACUACAGCAAGCAAACCAGUCAGUGGCAAAGGGCUCAUGUCUCGUUCUGUGUGGAGUGUGUAAUGUAUUUAUGUGCUCACUCUUGAGCUUUAUAUUUUUUUGAAAAAGAAAUUGCAAAUCAAUAUUCAACUUGUCGCUGCUGGUAGUUGAAUAUUUUAUGAAACUCGCUCAUUGCGAAUGAGUUCAGCUGGAUGAACAAAACGAAUCUAUCGUACUGAUGAGCUGGAAGAAGGGUUCCCUUGGACUAGGAGUUUCAACAACUUGGAAACAUUCUAUCGCCGUUGGAUCAAAGAGGAUAGUUGAGAUGAGCAUUUGCAAAAAAUAUUAAUCCCCCACAUACAAAUACACAUGUAAUAAGGGCAAGGAGUAAAGUUGCGAACAGCUCACCACAAAACCGAGAUGUCGAACGGAUUACUGAAAUGUUGUGUCGCCAGACUGUGAAGCCUUCGCUAAGAGGCGAGACUAUAACCAUAAGAACCACUGGAUGCUGUCGUCAAGAAGGAGCUCUGUCACCCCUUCUGUGGUCCCUGAUAGCAGACGGACUCCGCGAAUUACCUGGAAGAUUUGGGGUCUGAAGUGAGGGACUACGCAGCGACAUUGUCAUCACUGCUAGGGAAGAACGGAGCAGAAGCACGUCACACAGCACAGCUCGCCACUUGUACAUAAAGAGAGCAAAGUAAACCAAUUCAGUUGGAUUUGAUUGCAGGCCACCCAUUCCGUAUACAGCGAUGAGAUGUGGAUAUUUGUAAAAUGGUUAAAAUGAGUUCCUGGGUGAAAUAAUCGAUAGCAACAAUCCCACCAUGGAAAACGCCAGUGGUAACCCGCCCCUAGGUUCGGCUGGGGACGGCAAACCAGAUGGCAGUGAUGAUAUAGGGCCACCACCGGUCGGAAUGCCUCCAAUGCACCCGGGAGCACCUCCAGGUGGUCACUAUCAGCACUACGGUUAUGGAGCCCCACCCUCGAUGAUGGACCAUCAUACAAAGGAUCCAUAUUAUCAUCAUGCCGCUGCAGCAGCCGCUGCCUCUCGUCACUAUGAUCCAUAUUCUAUGCAUGCCCCGUACCACUCGUACCAGCAUUCAUACCAUCAUCAAGCACCUUACGCAGGGCACGCGUACCACCAUCAGACGGCGACUGCUGGCUAUCCUCCGGUGAGCCACCACUCAUUAAUACCGCCAGUUGGAGGACCUCCAUCAUCCAGUUAUCCGGCUUAUCCUAGCAGCAAUCAAAAUCCCGUUCCAGCAACUCCGCAAAUACCAUCGAUUCCAGGUCCUUCUGGAUUUCAGAAAUCACCAGAGAAAGCAUCAUCUGUAGACCAAAAGUCUUCAAUUCGUGAUGAUAAGAAUAUGCUCAUUGGCUCCAGUUCCGGAGGACACGAUACGACUGAUAGUGCUCCAGGAAUUCCUCCGAAGCGUAAAAUAGAAAUCCUGGAUAAUGUAUUAAUCAAGAAAUCCAAACAAGAGCUUGAAGCAGAGAAACAAGAUAAGCGUGUUCCUCCGCCUGUUGUUGAUGCACAAGAAUCGAUUGCCUCCACCACCCCGACUACCAGCAAUGGAUGCGCUAUAGACUCGAACAAAUCUUCCUUUCAGAUAUCUAAUUUGCUUGAAGAUAAUAAGCCCCCGAAGGUGGAAUCGCAACCAACACCACCGCCUCCUCCUUCGCCGCCAUCUGUUGAACCUAAGGAGCAACCUCCUGCCGAGCAAAAAUCGCCCGGGACUGAGGAAAAACCCCCAUCGCCAGUACCAGAGACUGAGAAGCCUACACAAGAGUCGACACUACCGCCGACCCCACCACCUCCACCACCACCUCCACCACCACCACCAACACAGCCGCCGUUAUCGGAAGAGGAAAAAUCACCUAAAAACGAAAAUGAUGGCAUUCAAACCGACCAACCCGAACGAUCACCAAAAGCGGAAGAAACGGAACAGCAAGAACUGCCAGCGUCAACUGUUACGCCAGCGCAGCAGAUGGAUUUUGACAUUUCCGAAAAGCUGAAAGAAAUGGGCGAAAUAAGUGUGAAACCGGUCUCCAAGACUGACGCCAGCACUAGCAGGGUGAAGGAAUUGGAAUGCACCGAGGAAAUUUCGUUAGAGAUUACCAAGAAGGAUGCCGCAAUGCGAAAGGUUAGCAAUCUGAGAAAGAACAUCAAGGAGGUAAUGGACGACAACCAGCUGGAUGCGUCGACGUUGGCUGCUCAACGUCAAGAAUUGGAACGUUUGGCUCGAGUUCAGGAACAACAGAGAAUUAUCCGCGAGGUACAGCGACAGCUAGCACUGGAGAGGCAGACAAAUAAGACCGAGCAAAAAGUGAUGCAGUUUCUCCAGGGGCAUGCUUCGAUACUGAAAACUCAACAACCCGGAACAUCCACACCGGUGAAGGUGGGUUACGUGAAGAAUCCGUUCGAAACUCGAGGAAGACCACCGAAAGCACGGCCAAUUCAAACUAAUUUAACACCGUCGGUAAGUAUUGCUCCGGUGAAGUCUACUGGAUCGUCCUCGCUGGCAGCUCAGAUUCCAUCGAUUCCGGUACGAGCCUUUGACGACAUGGUCGAUAGCGAAGAGGAAUUUGAUGAUGAAGAUGAUGAGGACGAGGACAGUGAAGCGGAGAUCAUUCCCACGCCGGAGAAAAAAGAAGUGGUAACGAUUGAUAGUUCCUCGGAUGAUGAUUGCAUUGUUCUGUCGGAUGAUGAAGAGGAACCAGAAGAUGAUUCGGAUGACGAUCCACAAAAUAGUGGACUGCAUGUGAAUGAUUCGUACAAUGUUCCGGACGAGCAGGGUCGAGUUGUGAUCAAUGUUGGUCAUGCCGAGGGCGAGGAGGAUAUAUUUUUAGCACCACAGAUUGCUCGGAUCAUCAAGCCUCACCAGAUUGGCGGUGUACGGUUUCUAUUCGAUAACAUAAUUGAAUCGAUUGAGCGGUACGACACCUCUACCGGAUUCGGUUGCAUUCUGGCACAUUCUAUGGGCCUGGGCAAGACGCUGCAGCUGGUUUGCUUCUGUGAUAUAUUUUUAAGACACACCAGUUCAAAAACGGUGCUGAUUAUAAUGCCCAUCAAUACGCUGCAGAAUUGGUUGAAUGAGUUUAACACUUGGCUGCCGGAGGAUCCGGAAAGUAGCCCGCUGAAAAAUCACGGUGAGGUUAGGCCGCGGAACUUUAAAAUUUUUAUCUUGAACGAUAGCCACAAGACGCUCAAGUCUAGAGCAAAGGUUGUACUAGAAUGGGCUAAAAGCGGAGGGGUUUUGCUGAUUGGCUAUGAGAUGUAUCGGCUGCUUAGCCAGAAAAAGAUGACAAAAAAGAAAAAGAAGAAGAAGGGUGAACCAUCGGUGGUAGAUGAUGAGAAGGAAUCUACUGAAGAACAGAAAAAUAUGUUUGACGAGAUCCAUGAAGCACUGGUAAAACCUGGUCCGGAUUUGGUGGUUUGUGACGAAGGUCACCGUAUCAAGAACUCACACGCUAGCAUUUCGGUUGCGCUGAAACAAAUCAAGUCCAAACGAAGAAUUGUGCUGACUGGAUAUCCUCUGCAGAAUAAUCUGCUAGAGUAUUGGUGUAUGGUGGACUUUGUUCGUCCGAAUUAUCUCGGUACGAAAACAGAGUUUAGUAACAUGUUUGAACGACCCAUUCAAAAUGGACAGUGUAUCGACUCUACUCCGCAGGAUAUCAAGCUAAUGCGUUACAGGGCCCAUGUGUUGCACUCUUUGUUGCUCGGUUUUGUGCAAAGAAGGUCGCAUUCCGUGCUGCAGACCAGUCUUCCCCAAAAAGAAGAGUACGUUUUGUUGAUUAGAAUGACCGAAUUUCAACGAAAACUGUACACGGUUUUCAUGAACGAAGUCGUCAGAACAAAAGCUGUCCCAAACCCACUCAAAGCCUUUGCCGUAUGUUGCAAGAUUUGGAAUCACCCAGAUGUGUUGUACAACUUUUUGAAACAGAGUGAGCGGGAUUUAGAUUUAGAAAUAGAGGAAGCUGAAGCCACACCUGUUAUCAAGCCACCACCGGAACCGGUAAAACCUCCACCUCCUCCGCCGCCGCCGCCUCCCGAGAAGAAAAAAGAGGAAAAAGAAAAGAAAAAACCAGGUAAGAAACCGUCAGCUCCAAAACCCCCCAAGCCAUUGGCUUUGAAGAAAGAUGGAACUCCUCGUAAGCCGAGAACUACCAAGAAGGAAUUAGCACAGAAAAGUCAAGCUAUUGGGAAGGAUGGCAAGAUUGUUCCUGCUGCAACAGUUAGUCCUAGUACACUACAGAAAGAUAUUCCGCCGGUAGAAACAGCGGCGGAUCCACCUGAAAUUCCUCCAUCGAUAAAGACUGAACUAGAUCCAAAUGUUAUCAAGCAGGAAUAUCAAGAUUAUUCACAUCAACCUGCCCAGCAGCUGCAGCCACCACAGCAACAAGGAAUGUACCCUGGCUAUCAAAAUCAGGGUUAUCAACAAGCUCCACCUGCUGCACCGCCAGCUCCAUACAACUAUAAUCAAGGCGUGAUGAAUCAAGAUCCUAACAACUACAACUACGGAAACCAGUACUCAUCGAACGAUCCGUAUCAAAAUUACGGUAAUAACUAUUACGGACGUAACGAUUACAAUUAUAAUCAAGGCUACGGCUACGGCUAUGACCAGAAUUACCAGAAUACCUAUGCAUCAAACAACUAUCAAAAUUCAAACUAUUGGGGUAACAACAACUACUACCAACAACAACAGAACAAUUCCUUCAACGGUAAUUACUACAACAACACCAAUCAAUAUGGUUAUACCGAUCAGCAACAACCACAAGAUCAACAACAAUACAAUCAAUACAACACACAGCAGCAAGAACAGAAAUGGGAUCCGUCAGCUCCAACGGUAGAUCCUAUGUAUCAAACGCAACCACCACCACCCACGCCGGUGCUUCCUCCUCCUGUUGAUCCUGCUGUUACUCAACAGGAAGCAAAUGCCCAGUACGCCGACCAACCAUCGUUGGAAGAUCUCAAGGAACCGGUCAAAUCGAUGGAUGUGAAAGAGGAGAAACCGACGGAAAUUGUCGACAUGGAUACAAAGGUUAUCACCAAGGUGGAAGAGAUUAAAGAAGAAAUUAAGACCGAAGUAAAAAGUGAAAUAAAAACUGAGUUGGACGUUGCAAGAGUCGGUGAAGCAACGGCAGUUAAAGAAGAGGUCAAAUCUGAAAUCACCGUUAAAGUUGAGGCUACCGAGACAGAUAAGUCGGAAGCUAUGGACAAAGCAGAUAAAGAAGCAACCGAAACGAAAGACGAAAUUGAUGAAACUAAACUGAAGGACGAACUGGUGAAAACCGAAGACGAAUCCAAAGUGAAGGAAACGAAAGAUGGUGCAAAAGAUGGCAGCAAAGCCAAUGGUAAGGACAAGGAUGAAAUUCCGUACGAGUGGGCGUUUGAGCUGAUGAAAAGUUACACACCGGAUCUGAUGGAGAGUGCACCGAAGAUGCAGAUUUUUUUCCACAUUCUCAUCGAUAGUAUCAAGCUGGGCGAUCGUAUGCUGGUAUUUAGUCAGAGCUUGCUGACGCUCAACUUGAUCGAGCGGUUCCUGCAGAAGCACAAAAUACCCGGCACGGAGAAUCAAUGGGCGAAGAAUACGAACUACUACCGUUUGGAUGGUUCGACGGCAGCCCAGGAGCGGGAAAAGCUGAUCAAUGAGUUCAACUCCAAUCCCAACAUUCAUCUCUUCCUCGUGUCAACCCGGGCUGGAUCGCUCGGCAUCAAUCUGGUCGGGGCGAACAGGGUAGUGGUGUUCGAUGCAAGCUGGAAUCCAUGCCACGACACGCAGGCCGUUUGUCGUGUUUAUCGUUACGGACAGAAGAAACCCUGCUUCGUUUACCGAUUGGUGAUGGAUAACUGCUUGGAGAAGAAAAUUUACGAUCGGCAGAUCAACAAGCAAGGCAUGAGCGACCGAAUCGUGGAUGAGUGCAAUCCGGAUGCGCAUCUAUCGAUGAAGGAAGUGACUAGUUUGUGCUAUGAUGAUGGAGAAGAAAGUGAAGUGAAGGAUUUUAGCGACGAGAAGGAUAAAUUUAUUGAUGUGGUCAUGCAGAGUCUUUUGGAAAUUUAUUCGAAGCAGCUAACGAAAGCUCCGUUUGCCCAUGAGAGUUUACUGAUUGACAGGAAAGAGAAGAAACUCUCGUCUGCUGAAAAACGUCAAGCGCAAAGAGGAUAUGAGUUGGAGAAACAAGCCGCUACCAAACCCAGCUACUCGUACACAUCGAUGGGAACUACCUACAGGGCGAUUAGAACUCCGGACGGUUCAAUCAUCCAUCGACCAGUAGCAUCGGUGCGUCCAAUGCAGUCCGGAGACGCUGGCAAAAAUGCGAUUGGUGGCAACCGACCUACCAGAUGGAUACCGGCUGAAGUUUGGCAGCGACAGGGAAUGACUGCCCAGGAAAUGACGCUUCCUAUUGACGUGGUAAUUCCUACAAGUUCAGCGGACAAAUCCAAUAUUGUUCUUAAAGCCGGUCAGAAGGUUAUGGUUCUCAAAUCACCGAAAGGAAUUUACAUGCAGCUAGAGACUGGUAAGAUAAUUGCCAUUCGAACGGCCUUUAAAGUGGGUCAGAAUAAGGAUGGUAUUGGCAAGGGUGGUCCGCUGGCUACUGCCGCCGGUCGGAGAGCUAGUGUUACUUCUACCGCCACGAAGGCCGGGGCUGCUUCAAAGAUUGGUGGUGAUUGUUCAGAAGGAAAUUCUCUGAGCAUUCCUUCCAACUCGGAUGAUGAAGAAAAGUCCGAUUCCAGCAUCGUUCCGCUGGACCCCGAUAGUGAAAGGGAUUCUAUGAAUAUUGACGAUUAUCCCGAAAAGGGCGAAAUAGUUGAUUGUGACAUGAAGAGCGAUGAACUCGAGGAAGGAGAAAUUAGAGAUGGCAUGGUAGGUUGCAAGAGGACAAAAAUCCCUCUUGCGAGCGUAGCUUCGUUUUCUAAUGCUGCAUCAAAAGUCGCUUUGGAGCAUGGCUCAUCAAAGUUCCCAAUGAUUCAGUCCGCUUACUCGUUGGCUCCUCAAAAACAUGGACCCACUAAAAACUUCCAGCAUACUGGCAAUCAUACUCAAGUUCCUAGCCAACAAACGCACCAACACCCAUCCACGACAGUAACAAUCGAAGAUGAAAUACCGCCCCUUAGAGAAAAGGUUGUUUACAAACCGAAUCUGGUUGAGAGGAAAACGAAAGUUUCUCAGUCUUCGUUGAAAAACUACAGGCACAAAGCUGGUAAAGCUCCCGAGGCUUCCACUCCGACAAAAUCAGUUCCAGAAGAAUGUGUUUCAGGUGUUCCGUCAAAUCAAAUCCCUUCACAUCCAGCGGCCACAGUCGAAGCUCAACAGGUUUCUGCAAUACAACCGCCCGUGUCAGCUGCUUCUGAGGUACAACACUACCCAGCAACAGGCAGACAGAUUCCUCCGCACCAGUCACAACAAAUUCAACAACAGUAUCAGCAGUCUUCGGCUUAUCCUACCCAUAAUCAACAACCAACCUAUGGUGUGCCAAAUCCUUCUACUGUCUCCAGUAAGAGUUCUAUACUCCAUCAACCGCAGCAUAUGCAUUCAUCUUCCUACGGAAGCCACAAGCAUCAACAGCAACAACAUCAACACCAACAGGCACCAUCGCAAACCCAACACUCCUCGUGGAACCCUUAUACAGGAAAUAGUACAUCCACAUACUAUGGACCGCCAUCCCAUUCUCAGCCUCUCCCACCACCGUCACAGUAUGAGUCCAGUUUGAAUUUCCUGGAGAAAACUACAUCCGCUCUAAUCAACAACCAAAAUCAGAGCGAGUUUCAAACUUGCCUCAGCAACAUUACUCGAUCGCCCACUCCCACCGACAAUUUCAUGGAGUAUCAACCGAAAGCAACCGCAUCGAGUAAAAAGACUGCUGCCAAAAAACCCCCCAAACCGAAAAAUGACUACAAUGCAGCCAAAAAAGCUUUGAGCAAACGCAACAAUCCCUCCCCCUAUCACCCAGUAUCAUCAUCCUCAGCAUCCUCCUCACCAUCCCCCUCACCGGCAGUGGUAAUGAACCACAGCCAGAACAGUAACAGUAGUUCCCUUAGUGGAACAGCAACGCCGGUAUCGUCAUCGCAACAUUUAAUCCCCGGUGGCACCGCAUCGGCCACCAACAAUAACAACACCGGAUCCUAUGGUGGUUAUCCGCCAAUAUCUGCCGCUUCCGGUUACUACGAUCAGUAUUCUCAAUCGCAACAAAUGUACCCACAACAAACACCACCAGCACCACCACCUCCAAUUCCAUCGGCAGCUGGAUCAGCUGCACCACCAACCGGAAUGUACGCUGGUUCGCCAAUGCAACAUCCCCCUUACGGGGCAGGUCCGGUGUCGUCUGCCUAUAAUGGUCCGUCAUAUGCAUCCAAUAAUAACACACCUUCAUCAGUGAAUCGUUCCAACUACUAUCAACCGUCAUCCUCAUCAGUAUCAACCGUCACGACAAUGAGCUCAACAACCGUUCCAACUGAUUCGACCAACUAUUACCACCAGCAGUCAAGUGGCGCAUCCCAGUCCCAGCAUCAGCAUCAGCCGCCAGCUUCGCCUCAGCACCAGGUGAGGAGCCACUCGCGAGGAUCCUCUUCCCACAGCUAUAUUCCUCUAUCGCCUGGUUCAAGCCACCAUCAGCAGAACCAGCAGUCUCAAAGUUACAUGACUAGCACAGCCAACGCUAGUCCAGUUGAAACUGCAUCGAGCUAUCAGCAGUUGCAGCCAAGCUCGGCCGGUACUCCCUCAUUCACUCCGUACGCUUCCCACACAACAACUGCAACAAAUAACUCACCCUGUUCGACACAAACCGUCAGUUCGAACGGAUCAGCCUUCCAUCGGCCUGAAAGUGCCACUAUUCCUGGCAUCCCUACUCCGACCGCUGGUAGUACCAGCGGCAGCCCAGCAAGUUAUGAAACACCUCCGACCUAUAUUCCGGAAAGUGGUACCAAUCCUUACCAAUAUCCCUAUCAGGCUGCUUCACAGUACCAAACCCAAGGGUACUAUCCUCCGCCAACAUAUCCCUACUAUCCAACGACUGGUGCUCCCUACUCUCCGACUGAUCCACAGUACCAUUCGUACCCUCCUCCGCCACCACCCUCCAACUACAACUAUCCCCCGUACCCUAGUCAGCCCGGCGUCGGACAGUGGCAAUGAAACGAAGAAUCUGAUCUUCCGGGUGAUGAUUGCUCUCUAUUGGAUGGCUGAGGACGCUUUUGAGUUUUUUUUUUUUUCCUGAGGAAAGAUAUUUUAAAAUAUUUUGUACAAUGUUCCUUUUCGAGAAUUUCUUUUAUUACGGAAGACAUUUUUCGCGUAGAUCGUAUCAUGCUAGUAUCAUGCUCUCUAUUCCUAUAUUGUGUUUUCCAAAUAUAGUAUCUAUUUUAUUUUCGUUUUGUAGAUAGGCCACGUGUUCCUAAUAAAGUUUUGGAAAUAUUUUAUUUUCAUCUUCUCUUCAGAGGAAUCAGAAAGCUGAUAAAAAGAAUUCUAAUAGUCAACAGUUUGAGACCGGAAUUCCUUUUGCCUAGGAAAACUGGUGAUAAACUAAGUUUUAAAUCUGAUCAAACGCAAAUCGUAUAUAAACAUACAAAAAAAACUAUUAGUAGUGAACGAAUAUCAAACAAUAGAUGUUCAACCGUAGGUAUACCUAGCUAGAAGCCACAAAUAUUACUGCUUUCUAACAGGUUCACUCGGUCAUUUACCGUCAGGCUUCUUCGAACUUCCAAAUUUUUUCGUGUGAAGCGCAUUGGAAUGAUUCACAGUUUUCAGUUGGCAAGUAUUAGGAAAAAUGUUUCUCAAUUGAACAAAGGGUUUGGCUUACGAAAUAAUUUGAACAAUUAUUAAAAACAAUCUAGAAAGAAUCUAAUUCUUUGUAAGGAUAAAGGCAAACAACAUACGCGAUCAAAAUCUUCUUUUGACAAUCUUACAUUUUGUUUUCGUGUUCCGGGUUACUGCAUCAAUUAAGUUUGCGGUGCCUGUUGAACCUCUCUAGUUAGUUUCCGCUGUAGAUUCGUUCACGUUAAUUUUUUUUUAGAAAAAGAAAGAAACGGAAGAAAAAUACCCCUCCAAACAGUGCAAUGACUUUUUGUUGAAUCUGAGUUUUCUAUGUAAAUUUUAUUUACUACUGUUUUAGGCUUUUAGAUAUUUAUAUAAUAACGGCAGCGAAAGUAGCUACGAUUCGCUAGUGCUGUUUCAAAGCACAAUAAGUAAAAAAUAAAAUAAUAAAACCGAAUACAUUAUUUAAAACAAACAAUGAGCAAACAUACAUUGGUCGACUGCAUUGAAACUAAACGAAAUGGUACUUUUGCAACUAAGUAAGAUCUUGAGACAGUGCUUCUACGUAGAAUAAUUAACGUUUACUCCUGGAAAAAACAUACACAAACCACUUUAGUAAAGCCGCAAUGAAUGUUUUAACCGAAACUAUACAUUUUACCUAAAUAAUUCAAUAACAUUAGAAAGCAUGAAAGCGUAGCGAUUAGCACUUAUCAUUAUUUAUUAGCCACAUACAGAAAAUGAAAAACUCUUUCGAAGUUGAACUGCACAGCCAGAAAGCAACGCAUUUAUAUAAAAAAAAACAUCGUUUUAACAUAGAUAUUGCUAAUUGUGAAGGCAAGCAAAAAGUUAUCCCAAUUGUCGUUUAGAAUCAAAUAAAUAAUUACCACUGCUAACCAUUACUAUUACCUAUAUAACUACAAUUACCAAUGUCAGCUCCAGUAGAACACUACCCCAACUCUUGUAGCGUGUGUCUGUUAGACGUCAUAAGGGUCGUACGUAUUCGCUCAUUUCCGUGCAACCGCGUCCGGCGUCCCGUCGCCGAUUUUUUUUUGGACAGUAUGAGUCAACAUAGUCAACGGUUCUAAUUUUCCAGUGAUUGUUCGUCUUGAUUAGGAAAUUUGUGAUUUACUAGUAGUUUUGUAUAAAUGCAAAAAAGGAGCGAUGAAAGUGAAAACAGGAAUUAAUCAUGCUUUUUGUGUUUUAUCGAUAAAUUAAACCCAACGCACGACUUGUAGGCAUUAUUGUAUUCAAUGUUGGAAGAUGAAUCGGAUUGCGAUGGUGAUGAUUGAAAUGGGUCCUGAGCUUUCUGCUUGUGAGAAGAAGAGCUGCGCGUGUAAUGUGGUAGCAAGUGGUAUGAUUAUUUUAAUCAGUACAGCAUAAUUAACUGAUAUCGACUACAAUAAUAUUAACACGAUACUAGAGUAAUGUAUGAAGCCGUAUUACAAAGUAUUUAAAAAAUA